UUUGCCCAUUGACAUAUUUUGCCUCGAGAGUUGUAGUUGUAGCGCCCGCCAACAAAACUAAAGAAGAAGAAGAGUUUGCCAUAAUAAUAAUAAUUAAAAAAAAAAAAACAACAGAAGAAGAAGAGAACACACUUUGGAGUGCCAGUAGCUACUGGCCCGAGAAUUGAUUUUAAAACAUUUUAUUUCAACUUUUCCAAAAUGGCAUCAAAACCUAGCAAAGAAGAACCCUUUGCAUUAAUCCUGGAAAGUGACGAUGAUGGGGAAUCAGGAGCAGAGAGUUUUCUCACGGAUGAAGAGAUGGCUUAUCAAGAGGGGUUUGACCCAGCUGAGGAUUUUGACGAUGAGCAACAGGAAUCUGAAAAGCCUAGCACCUCGGCUGUAGGACAACAAGCCAGCCCCCCUGCUUCUUCAGAAAGAAAGCAGCCACCCCAGAAUGGGAAAGAUUGUGGACAUGUGCAGCCUGAAGCAGAACCUCGUUCUCCACAACACCGCCGGAUACUGGUACCCAGGUCCAGGUGUGCACGAGGUGUAUCAAGAGACCAGUCCAGAUCCAGAUCUCCACUUCGGAGGCAGUCACAGCCACAGCCAGUACACUCAGUCACAUCCUGGAAAACUGAGACGGACCCUGAUGUAUGUCCAGUGCCAAAAAUGUUCAUGCCAGCAAGACCCCCUGGACAUCAACUGAACUCGGGCACCAAAUACUCACCACUGGAUCUUUUCAAACUGUUUUUUAGCAAUAGCGCAGUUCAAACAAUUUGUCAACACACAAAUAAACAAGCUGCUAAAGACAUUGCAAAAGGCAAAAGAUAUUCCUGGACUGACAUCAACUGCCAGGAGUUUUUCAAGUAUGUGGGACUGAAUUUCUUCUUUGCUCUGGUGAAACUCGACAAUAUCCAGGAUUACUGGAAAAAGAGCACCAUUUUCAGCGUGCCGUUUCCAGCCAAUGUGAUGCCACGGGACAGGUACCGGAUGAUAUCUUGGAACAUCCACAUGAGUGAUCCUGAGAAAGAUGUGGAGAAUGACCAAAAGAAGGGGACACCAGAUUAUGACCCCCUGUUUCAACUGAAACCCCUUCUGGACACCAUCAAAACUGCUUGCAAAGCAUUUUACCACCCCAGACGGAACCUUUCAAUUGACAAGAGGAUGGUGGCUACAAAGGCCCAUAUUGGAACGACACAAUACAUAAAAGCGAAGCCGAUCAAGUGGGGUUUUAAGCUCUUUGUGUUGGCUGACAGCAGCAAUGGCUACACCUGGGACUUUGCUGUGUACACUGGGAAGUCCCAGUUGGCCUCAGGCGUUGGCCUUGCAUAUGACUCUGUCAUGUCCCUGAUGAAGACGGCAUACCUGGGUAGUGGCUUUCAUCUAUAUGUGGAUCAUUUCUACACCAGUCCAAAACUCUUCAAGGAACUGUUGAGCCUGAAUAUUGGAGCAUGUGGCACGUACAGAGACACCAGAAGAGAAUGCCCCCGCACAAACUCAAAUGCUCUGAAGAAAAGCGAUCCCAGAGGCUCCAUCAGGUGGAUCCGUGACGGCCCACUACUUUUUGUGAAGUGGAUGGACACACGUGAGGUCUCUGUCUGCUCCACAAUCCACGAGGCAUUCUCUGGAAGCACCCUGCAUAAGAGGAUGAAAACUAAGGAUGGCAGCUGGACCACCAAAUCUAUUCCAUGCCCAACACCUGUUGUGGAAUAUAACCGGCACAUGGGAGGCGUUUAUUUGUCUAACCAGCUGAUCCAGUGCUACUCUGUACAUCACAAUAGCAUGCGCUGGUACCGGACAUUGUUUUUCCACUUCCUGGACAUUGCAGCUACAAACAGCUUCCUCCUACACAAGGAGCUCUGCAGAGAGAAGCAGGAGGAACCCAUGACCCACAGAGCCUUUCUGCAGGAGCUGACAGCCCAGUUGUGCGGCGUCACAGUUGUGACCCCUCCAGCCCAGGCACACAGCGGCCACUUACCCGUGGCAAUCUCAGAACAGACUGAAUUAAGCAAGAGGGCCUCGUAUGGGCGCAGGACCUGUGUACACUGCAGGAAGACCAAGCAGGUGAGGCAGUCUACCCCCUGGAAGUGCAUGGAGUGUGACGUGGCCCUCUGCGUCAUUGCAGACAGAAACUGCUUUCGGGACUGGCACAACUAACUUUUGUCUGAAAUAAUUGUAAAAAGCUUUUUGAUCUGUGUUGGUUGCAGUGUUUAUUCCCUCUUCACUAUUGUCCUGUGUCAUUUGAAUAAACACGUGAGAUUCAGUUAA